AUGGUUUCUCCCAUGAACUCGCUGAGGAGGCGUGCCAUUCGCCGCCCACACUUCGCAAGGGACGAUUUGAAGAUCGAGAUCCGCGACGACCCCGGCGAGAUCUCGUCCGACGACGACGACUCCCCUUCGCCCUCCGGCUCGACGUUCCCGCCCGGCGCGCGGCCGACCGAGCCGCCAUCACCACCACCGGCGCCGCCCGUCGUCCUCAACCCGGCCGAUCCCACCGAGAGCAUCUCGUCGUCGUCGUCGUCCACGUCAACUGACUUCCCGACGCCCACGGCGCCCCCAAAGGGACCUCAACGCGGCCAGCCUCCCGGCUUUGACACCUCCGUCACUUCGGAAUCGUCCAGCUCCUCAACCAGCUCCUUUCCCACCGCAUUCCCCCAGAGCACAACCGGCUCCGACUCGCAACCGACGGGAGGCGCGGCCAGAGGCGGAAACGAGGAGGGACUCGGCAACGACAGGUCGAUCGAGACGGGAUGGACGCCGACUGCCAUCGCGUUCGGGACCAUUGCCAUCGCGGCGCUCUUCCUCGUCCUCGGCGUCGGCAUCUGGUGGUGCGUCCGCUACCAGAAACGCCGCAAGGCCCGCAAGAUGUACGACCGCAACAUCUCUCCCGAUGGUAGCUUCUGGGACCCCUCGGCCACCUUCUCGCCGCCCUCCGCCGCCGCCGCCGCCCCGGUCCGGCGGUCCCCGUCCUCCGUCAUGGCCGAGCUCAUGGGCCACGCCUACGCCGCCGAGAACGGCCACGGCGCCGCCGGAGCCUACGCCAGCGACAACGCCGACCGCAACUCCCUCACGCCCCAGGGCUACCUCGACGAGAAGCGCCACGACCCGGCCCGCCAACUCCCCAUCCUCGAGCCCGCGCCCGUCGCCCAGCCCAACGUCCGCAACUCCUUCGCCAGCUGGAUCCGCCGCCACCACCCGCUCAAGCUGAACCCCAUGUCCGGUCGGAACAGCGUCUACUCCACCCGCACCCUCGCCGCGAGCAGCCGCUCCGUCAACAACGCCCCGCUACCGCCGGUCCCCGCCGUGCCGGACGUCUACCGGAGCUCCGACCGCCUCGAAGCUCCCCCCGGGCUCGGCAUCCAGCAUCAACAACAACAACAACAACAACACCACCACCAAAACAACAACAACUACAACAGCAGCAGAAGCAACCUUCGGUACACCACCUCCUCCAGCAGAUACGACGACGACACGGACGACAGCCCGUCGACCGGCUACAACACAAACUCCCUCCUGUCGCUGUAUCACACCCAGCCCCAGCACCCGCACCAGCAGCAGCCCGGCCAGCCGCCCUGGCUGAUGGACCCGCCGCCCGUCGUCUUCGGCGAGCGCGGCGUCUCCAUGGCGCCCACCGAGGCCACGGCGAGGACCGAGAGCACCUGGCGCAGCUGGGGCGGCGGCGUGACGCAGCCCCAGCACCAGCAGUCGCCGCCGGGCACGCCCCGGAGGGGUUGGAUCGAGAAGUGUAUCAAGUUUGGCGGCCUGAAAUGA